AUGUUUAUGUUUUCCUGUAAAAGGUGUGUAAAUUUACGUUAUUACGAAAAUGUUAUAAAGCUGGUUAAUGCCAAGAGUUUUAAUACGAGAGCUGUUGGCUACUCUCAUAAUGUUAGUAGAUUUAUAUCGAACAAAUCUACAAAUUUUGAGUCAAAAGACCCUUUUGAGUCAGUUAAUUUGACAUAUGAGAAGGUUGAAUCUGAUUCAGAUGUUUAUGACGAAGAUGAAUACUUGUACCCUGAAUCGCUCAAUAGUAUAAGUAAUCUGCCCCUUCAUAAUGUAAUAUCGCACAGUAGUGGCUUGAAGAAUGAAGAUUUGGAAAAUGACGCUAAUUCUGAUGAUUUGUCUGAUGUAAUCGCUAAUAAUGUUAGUGACAUUGAUUUGAAAAUUAGGAAUACGGAAAUUGCGCAAUUCUUGGAGAGGGCGCUGAGGGAUCAAGUGAAUCCCAAGUGCUCAGUGUCGUUGUUUGGAAGCGCAAUAAAUGGACUGUGGACGGAAGGGAGCGACCUGGACGUGUGUGUGGAGAUACCAAACGUUAAUUCCAGGAGCGCCGUAAUAAGGAACUUGAGGAGAAUAGCGACGGUGCUAAGUCCACUGUCUCCAACAAGAGUGAUUCAAAACAGGUUUACGGCCAAAAUACCAAUACUUAAUUGGAGAAGGGACAGCAAGAAGAGGCCUGUGAAGAUAGUCGAAGAAAGUUUAAAUAAACAAGAAAUUUUGGAUUUUGAGUGCGAAAGCAUCCCUUCGAUUGAUAUUUCGGUAAAUAACGUUUUGGCGGUGGCGAAUAGUAUUCUGGUCGGGAGCUACGUCUCGUUUGAGCCGAGAGUGAGGGGCCUGAUACUGUUGUUGAAAAUGUGGGCCAAAAGUAAAGGAAUAAACGACCGCUCGCGUGGAACAUUGAGUUCGUUUGCGAUUUCGCUGAUGGUAAUCCAUUUCUUGCAGAAUUGUAGCCCACCUCUAUUGCCAUCGCUUCAAGACUUGGCGUUCUCGACGAAUGAGCCCCCAAACUACGUAGCAGGAGUGGACUGUAGAUUCUCAACGGAUAUGAAUAAAAUUAGGGCAGAAUUGAACUUUUUAUCCAAAGGAAAGGCUAACACUCUGGACGAUAGGACGCUUUUAAUUAAUUUUUUCAGGUACUACGGCUGGUAUAACUUGCACUCCCAAGGGAAGCCGAUCCUGAUCAGAAGCGUUGAUUUGUCGGAAUUUAACAUGAGACUGGGCACCGACACGGAGGACCCAGAUGCAAAUUUGGAAAAGUCAACGCUAGGUGGCCCGUAUUUACAUGUUGACAACCCCUUUGAAAUAGGGAUUGACGUGGCUAAUAUAUCCAUUCACCAGAGAAGCAGAAUAACAAAUGAGUUCAGAAAGGCCUAUCAGACACUCCGGGCAGGUAGCACACUUAAGUCGCUACUGAGCAAAAGCUAA